CGGAGCUUUUUUUGCGCGACUGUGUUUUGCACAGCCGACAGCUCACGCUAGCGCGCUGUUUGCAAAAGGCGAACGCAUCCAGCAGACGCCAUCGACGCGCCGCGCUGGCAGAUACAACUUUCCGCGCCAAAAACCAGCGCGUUGGCACGAAACACCGGAUCGCCUAGACCGCAGGAAAAUGCCUUUAGACAUCAACACCAUCCGCGCCUACAAGGGCGGCGACCCCGAGAAGGUCCGCGAGUCGCAGCGGCGGCGCUUCGCCGACGUCGCGUUGGUGGACAAAGUGAUUGCGGAGGACGAGGAGUGGCGGCGCCUCGUCGCGUUGGCCGACGACAAGCGAGGCGAGAAGAACGCCAAACAAAAAGAAAUUACCGCAUUAAAAAAAGCGAAGAAAGAAGUCGACCCGCAGAUGCUGAAAGAUUUAAAAGCGUUAGAUGCGAAGGUGAAGGAAGCCGAAGCCGCGACGGAGCCGCAACUGCAAAAAGUGCUGAAGCUGUUCAACACCAUCGGGAACUUGGUCGAGGAUUCCGUCCCCGUUUCUAAUGAUGAGGACAAGGACAACGAAGUGGUCAACAAGUGGGGUACGUGUAAACAAGAUGCUAAAUAUUCGCACCAUGAAUUACUAUAUAUGAUCGGUGGCUACGAGCCGGAGCGCGGCGUGAGAGUUGCUGGUCAUCGAGCUUAUUUUUUUACGGACUAUGGCGUGUUGCUCAACCAAGCUGUGAUUAACUACGGCAUCGCGUUCUUACGAAAGAAACAGUACAAGAUCCUCCAGCCGCCCUACAUGAUGAAUAAGGAUUUGAUGGGCGGCGUCGCGCAACUCUCGGAGUUCGAUGAAGCGUUGUAUAAGGUCACGGGGGGCGACCAGGAAAAGUAUCUCAUAGCCACUUCUGAACAGCCCAUCUGCGCCUACCACAAGGGCGAGUGGCUGCAGGAGUCAGAGUUACCUCUACGAUACGCGGGUGUGUCCACCUGUUUCCGGAAGGAGGCCGGUUCGCACGGGAGAGACACGUGGGGCAUCUUCCGCGUCCACCAGUUCGAAAAAGUGGAACAGUUCUGUUUAACGACGGGAGACUUGGAGAAGUCCAACGAGAUGCACGAGGAGAUGCGGGACAUCGCCGAGGAGUACAUUCAAUCCAUGGGCUUCCCGUACCACGUCGUGAACAUUGUGUCUGGCGAAUUGAACAAUGCGGCCAUCAAGAAGUACGACAUCGAGUGCUGGUUCCCUUUUCAAAAAAAGUAUCGCGAACUCGUAUCUUGCUCGAACUGCACGGACUACCAGUCCCGAGCCAUGGAGGUGCGCUGCGGCGGCAAGAAGAUGGGCUCGCGGGAGAAGAAGUACGUGCACAUGCUCAAUAGUACGUUGUGCGCCUGCGGCCGGACGAUAUGUUGCUUGCUCGAGAACAACCAGACGGAGACGGGUGUGGUCGUACCUGAGGUGUUGAGACCCUUCAUGGGCGGCGUGGACUUCAUGCCUUUUAUAAGAACGAUGGACGGCAAGCCCUUCAAGGCACCCCAAGCUCCUGGGAACCCGGAGGCGGCGGCGUGCGCGGCCCAGGGCGACAAGAUCAGGCAGAUGAAGGCCGCCAAAGCGUCCAAGGAGGAGAUCAUGAAGGCCGUCGACGAACUCAAAAAGCUCAAGGCCAAGCACCUCGAGGUGCACGGCACGGAGUUCGCUCCCACCGGAAAGGUCGAGGGCUCGCGCAAGGACAAGAAGAAGGCCGCUCCCGCGCCCGCAGCGCCGAAGGCCCCGAAGGCGCCGAAAGCGCCCAAGGCGCCCAAGGCGGCGAAGCCGCCCCCCGCGCCUUCUGGUGGAGGCGCCCUCGCGGAGCUGAACGGCCAGGUCGAGUACGCUCCUUAUUUAGGGGGCUACGCGCCGUCGGCGGCCGACGCCGCGGCCUUCGCGAAGCAUAGGGGUGCGGCCUGCGACGCCGCGGCGCUGCCGCACGCCGCGCGGUGGCUCGCGCACAUGGCGUCCUUCGACGACGCGGCGCGGGCGGCGUGGAAGUAGAUGACUGCUUC